CAAAAUAGUACAAUUUUUUAAGGCCUUAUUCAUUGUUUUUCAUUUUAACAAAAACAAGGGUCUUUUAACAAAAAGGGUCAUUUUUUUUUUCCUUCAUGGCUCUGAUCACAUCACAGUCUAAACACCCUCUUCUUAACCAAAUUACCACUGUUCACUGUGCAAUUCCAAGGUUGAACAGAACUGUGAUUGGUCUUGGAUCCUUCACAAACAAUGUUAAAACCAUUAAAGUUUGCAACUUUGACUCAAACCCAAGAAAAUUCACUCUUCAAAAUCACAACUUUAUUACCUAUAACAAUAACAAGAAGCCAAUAACAAUAGCAAAUGCUGCAUUUUCUUCAGAAACUUUGGUGCCACCAGAACAAGAACAAGAAGAGCAAGGGCCAUUGAAGAAUCAGAGAAGGAUUCUGCUAUCUGAUGUGAUUGUGGAGAGAGAGAGGAAUGUGUUAUUUGGAAGGAAAUGGAACUCAUUGGAUGUUGGAACUGCUGGUGUUGUUCUUGCCAUGCAUGUUCUUAGCCUCUUUGCACCAUUUCAAUUCAAUUUCCAUGCUCUUUGUGUUGCUUUGGCUUUGUAUGUUGUGACUGGUCUAUUUGGUAUCACACUCUCUUUCCAUAGAAACCUUUCUCAUAGGAGCUUCAAGCUUCCCAAAUGGCUUGAAUAUACAUUUGCCUAUUGUGGAGUUCUUGCUCUUCAGGGUAACCCAAUUGAUUGGGUUAGCACUCAUAGGUACCAUCACCAAUUCUGUGAUUCAGAGAGAGACCCUCAUAGCCCCACUGAAGGAUUCUGGUUCAGCCAUAUGAGUUGGCUAUUUGAUACAAAUUCUAUCAUAGAAAGGUGUGGGGAGACAAACAAUGUUGGUGAUUUAGAGAAACAAUCUUUUUAUAGGUUUAUAAGAAGUAGUUACAUUGUUCAUCCACUUGCUUUGGGAGCUCUUCUUUAUGCCAUUGGAGGAUUUCCUUUUCUUGUUUGGGGAAUGGGUGUGAGGAUUGUUUGGGUGUACCACAUAACUUGGUUGGUAAAUUCAGCUUGCCAUGUAUGGGGGAAUCAAGCAUGGAACACCAAGGACUUAUCCAGAAACAAUUGGUGGGUAGCAUUGCUUGCAUUUGGUGAAGGUUGGCACAAUAACCACCAUGCAUUUGAGUAUUCAGCUAGACAUGGCUUAGAGUGGUGGCAAUUGGACAUGACUUGGUAUGUGGUUAGGUUCUUACAAGCAAUUGGAUUGGCCACUGAUGUGAAGCUACCCUCUCAAAGUCACAAGCAAAAAAUGGCAUUCAAUUGAAUGGUGCAAGAUUUCAAAGUAGCCACAUGAAACAUAGUUCUUUGUUCAAGUCCUAUGUGGUAGGAAGGGGAAAAAAGAAGGGUAUAUUAGUAAUAUUUUAAAAGAAGAUAAACAAGUUGGGCAAAUGAGGAUUUGAGUGAGUGGUACUUUUGUUGAUGGCAAAGUUGUUUUGUUAGGCAAGUGAAAGUUGCUUGUAGUUUGUUCCCUUUUUUGGGUGUUACUUUCAGCAUUCAUGAAUAAUGAAUGUAUGAUUUGA